GCCUUUCACUGUCCAGAAUAUGGAUUCUAUCAAAGGCAAAAUCUCAUGAAAAUGAUGGAUUCGUCUUCAAAUAAAAGGCUGGCUCCACGUGAAGACUUGUAAGUGGGAUACAUCAAUGACUCAGGGUUUCUGGAGUGCUUCAGGCCCAAAGCAUGGCCAAAUUCAUGUGCAGCUACCACAUGCAGAUUAAAUCCUGCAAUAUCACAAAGAAGCGCUCAUCAUCGUCAAAGUGUGUGUCACCUCCAACCCCCAAACCUGGACCAAAAGCAUGAGCCAACGUGCCUCUGGGUCCAUCAAAGGGAUACAAGUCACCAUGGUCUUCAUAAUAUUAUCCAGGUCAAACAUGCAAAUGAAACCACAGAGAAAACCAUUUUCUUUCAUGGCUAAAGAAAAUUACAGGGUUUUGUUGACCUCAUCAAGUCAAGUUCAGCAGCCACUGCAUGAUGACGCUACCUCAGUUUGCAGGUAAACCCACCAGAGGUCACAAACUCCACCAUGAUGUCAGCGUUGUGGCUGUGCAUCCUAACAAACGUCAGACUGCUGGCUCUGGCCCAAACCCUGAACGCUGUCUCAAGCAAGAAGUCCACAGUGCUGCGAGGCAAAUCUCUGGUGUACCUGCCAAUGCUGCAGAGGCAACAGCUCUGCCGCUGCUGUCUGCAGACAAAGACAACUGGGACUUAGCAGAGAAAUACCUCCAUCGCUUCUAUGACCUUCCAGCUGGUCUCCAGGGUAGACAGAGGUCAUCAGGUGCCUUUCAGACCAAACUCAAGGAGAUGCAGAAAUUCUUCAAGCUCAAGGUGACUGGGAAUCUGGAUGACAACACUCUGGAGCUGAUGAAGCAGGCAAGAUGUGGUGUUCCUGAUAUUGGGGAAUACAAUCACUUCCCUCAGCACCUCAAAUGGCAAAAUAACCAGAUCACAUUCAGGAUAUUGAAUUACACACCAGAUUUGAAAAAGUCUGAUGUAGACAGAGCCAUACGUAAUGCGCUGAACGUUUGGUCCGAUGUCACCCCUCUGAAAUUCAAGAAGCUGUACAAGGACAAUGCUGACAUUAUGAUCAGCUUCGGAUCAAAAGAGCAUGGAGACUACAACCCAUUUGAUGGGCCCAAUGGACUGCUGGCUCAUGCCUACCCACCUGGCCAAGGCAUCGGAGGAGACACUCACUUUGAUGAGGAUGAACACUGGACUAAAGAUUCCUCAACUUACAACCUGUUUAUAGUGGCUGCCCAUGAGCUGGGCCAUGCUCUUGGUAUGUCCCACUCCUCAGACGCCGGAGCCCUGAUGUACCCAGUCUACUCAUACACUACAGGAUUCCCGCUGUCUGAGGAUGAUAUUGAAGGCAUUCAGGCUCUCUAUGGCCCAAACCCAAACCACAAGAAAGUAAAGCCAAAGCCUGUUGCACCAAACAAAUGCGACCCCAUGUUGAGUUUUGAUGCAGUUACAGAGCUCAGAGGGGAGACGAUUAUCUUCAAAGACAGUUUCUACUGGCGCCUCCAUCCUCAGAUGCCUGAGCCUGAGCAGACAUUGAUCAAGUCCACAUGGCCCUCCAUCCCUAGCAAAGUAGAUGCAGCAUACGAGAACCCAGAGAAGGAUAUAGUCAUUAUAUUCAGUGGAAUCCGAAUGUGGGCUUUGAAUGGGUAUGACCUUGUGGAUGGUUACCCCAAGUACAUACACAAACUUGGACUUCCCAAGACCAUAAAGAAAAUAGAUGCAGCUGUUUACAUCAGCGACACAAGCAAAACCCUACUCUUCAUCGAUGAGGAUUACUGGAGCUAUGAUGAAAUGACAGGCACCAUGGAUAGCGGCUACCCACGAUCCAUUGAGAGCGAUUUUCCUGGAAUGAAUGAUGAGGUCGACGCAGCUACUUAUCACUAUGGAUACUUGUAUUUCUUCCAUGAAAACAUGCAGUAUGAGUACAGCUACACUUCAAGGAAGGUCAUUCGCAUCCUGAGGACCAACUCCAUUCUCAACUGCUGAUGAGCUGGUGUGCAACUGUCAGCCGUAGCUUGGAAAUGUGUAUAACUAUAACUAGCUACAUGGCACACAACACAUUUUGACAAUAAAGAAAAAAAUAUCCACAAACAUAUAUACAUGUUAAGAUAAGCCAUAGGAAGCUGCAGUGCAAAAAAUCAGCUGUGAUGGAAAAAAGUUUAUUUUUACUUGUGCAGGACACAUGUAGGUCAAAUAAUUAGUCAGACACAGAACGCUGGAAAAUUCCUCUUAAAUAUGUUUCCUUAGAUUAUUUAUUUUAAAAAUAUAUGUACUAAAUGUUUUACUAUGGACAGCAAGAUCCUUAGCCAGUUAAGUUUCUUGCCAGUAACAGCUGGCUUGGCUCAUCUGUGAGCUCAGUAUUGAGCUCCUUAUUACAAUAUGUAUUAGUAUUUCAACAAAGAGCUUAGUUGUUUAAAGACUGUUACUCACAUAUUUGAACUCAUUAUACAGUAUUUUGUCACCUGUUAUUUAUUUGUGUAUUAAGUCUGUGUACCAAAUAAUGUUACAGCUGGUCUCUUGCAAUUCAGACAAUGGAGAGGGACUGGGAGGUUUGGGAAAGUAUUCAAAAUUCUCUUUCAAACAUUUGCAGUGUUUCUUGGAGCCAUCAUGCAAACUACCAAGUUUUCAGAGAGUUGCUGCCUGGUUUUUAAAGUACGUAAUACUGUAAUAUACCAGUGUAAUAUUGAACCAGGCUGAGAUUUUGAGGUAUUAUUAUCUAUUCACUGCAUCAAUAUUCAACAAUCUCCUCUAUUACAUGUAUUUUUGGAAGGUUUGUUCAUAUCUUUGCAAAAAUAAUUUAAUAAAGGUCAUAGAGAAAUGGAUAUAUAGAUAAUUCAGUAAGUAAGUGAAUGUACAGAUCACCACACUGGUACUAUUGCACUUACGCAG